UCUCUCUCUAGCUUCUUGAAAAACUAAUAUCCUUUGUCUAUACAAGAACAACCAAAAUAAAAUAAAAUAGAAAAGAAGUGUUUUUGGAGCUUAUUUUUGAUCCAUAUUAAUCAUUGAAGAUAUAGAAGAAAACCCCACAAAAGGAAUUGAAUUGAAAAAAGGAAAAUCUUCAUGGCUCCAAGUGGAGGAGGAGUGAAUAAGAACAAUGGGAUAUCAAUAUCAAGAAAUCAUAAUGGAGGAGGCGUAGGGACAAGGCAGGUAUUAAAAAAAGGUCCAUGGACAACAACGGAAGACGCGAUUUUGAUGGAGUAUGUGAAGAAACACGGAGAAGGGAAUUGGAACGCAGUCCAAAGGAAUUCGGGUUUAAUGAGAUGUGGGAAGAGUUGUAGGUUAAGAUGGGCGAAUCAUUUGAGGCCUCAUCUCAAAAAAGGUGCAUUUUCUUUAGAGGAAGAAAGGCUUAUUGUGGAACUUCAUGCUAAACUUGGAAACAAAUGGGCUCGUAUGGCUGCUCAGGUUCUUCCCGGUAGAACAGACAAUGAAAUCAAGAAUUACUGGAACACGAGGCUAAAGAGAAGACAAAGAGCUGGAUUACCAAUAUACCCUCAAGACAUACAACCACAAAAUUACCAACAAGACCAAAAUCAACAACAACAUAGUACAAAUAUCCCUUCACCAUUUGAUAAUCACCAAAAUUCCAAUUACAACAAUAAUUCCCCUCUUUCACUUUUAGAUAUCUUCAAUCCUUCAACAAUGAAACCUAGUAGAAACAUUAUUCCACAUCAAUACCUCUUCAAUAAUAAUAAUAAUAAUCCUAGUCCUCUAUUUCUCACAAACACAAAUAAUAUCAACAACCAAGUCAAGUUUUUCCGCGACCCUCGUAUUAGCCUUUCUUUAACAUUAGCCUCAUCGAUGAAAAAUCCACAACUUUCUUCAAUGGUAGCGUCCGUGCCUAAUAAUUUUAGUCAGGGUUAUUCUAGUUCAAUGCCAGUGCCACCACUUCAACAUACCUAUCCAAAUUUUACAACCACUACAAGACCUUUUUCAAGGAUUUCCGCGAACCCUAAUGGUUUAAUUUUAGGUAUAGGCACAGAGCAUCGUUCUAUGCCUAAGACUACAACAUCAAGUGAUCAUGCUGAUAAUUACGCGGUUAAUCAUGGAUUAUCGCGAGGUAAUAGCGGAUUAUUAGAAGAUUUAUUGGAGGAAUCUCAUACUUUAACAAGAGGUGAAAAAAUUGAGGAAAAUUGUCAAAUUGAAAAUGAAGAUAAUAAAGGGAAAUUAGUUUGGGAAGAAUAUGGAUUAACAGAAGAAGCAGCAGAUGCAAUUUUAACUGAAGAAUCAACAUAUAAUUUUGCUCAUAAACAUUCUGAAGAUUCAAGUUCUCCCAAUUCAUCCUCAGGGAUAACAACAAAGGAAACUUCAUUAGAGAUGGGAAAUCAAGUGGAUGAUGAUAUUAUGAGAUUUCUUGAUAAUUUUCCACUUGGUGUACCUGUUCCUGAUUGGUGUGAUGAUCAACAAAAUACAUCUAAUGGCCAAUCUUUUGAAUGUGACCAAAUUCAAUUGUCUUCAAAAUCAAGUUCAUGAAAAAGAUUCAGAGUCGUAGAUUCAGAAUUUGAAGGUUAUCGGUUUCUAAUACAUUAACCUCAAAUUCACAUAUAAUAAUCAGUCCAAUAGUUAUAGAUGUUUAGUAAAUUUCUUAAUAUAUAGACGGGAUCUGUGUAAGGUUCACACGUGAACUCAUAAUUUACAAGCUAGAUCCGCCUCUCCGAGGGUUUAUCAAGAAUAGGAAAUUGGAGCAUGUUGCUGGAUUAACAUGUUUUUUUUUUCUUUUUUUCUUUUGGUUAAUUAGUAGUAGUAAAGACAUUUAUUUAUUUCCAUUAAUUUACCAUUAAGUACAUAGAAAAGAAGGGGAAAAAAAGUCACUAGCAAAGUUUCCAGGAUUUUGUUGUUACUUUUUUUUUUUUGGGUUUACUUUAGUUUAAUAUAUGUAGAUAUACUGAUUACUGAUAAUUGAUCAUUUAAUUGUCUUGGCUUA